AAAAAGGAUUUUAUUCACGAGUUCCUCAACAUAGUAGCUCCUCCUUUCACCUUCCUUUCCCUCUGCCUUUUCCUACCACCCUUUUUCUUUUACAAGUUCUUUCUCUCCAUAUUAAGCUAUAUUUUCAGAGAAAAUCUCGCCGGAAAGGUCGUCAUCAUAACUGGUGCUUCCUCCGGCAUAGGCGAGCAUUUGGCUUAUGAAUAUGCUAAGAGAGGGGCUCGUUUAGCCCUCGCUGCCCGGAGGGAAAAAUCACUCCAGGAAGUUGCUGAUCGAGAGCGCGAGUACGGCUCCCCUGAUGUUCUUGUGAUUCCUGCCGAUGUAUCCAAGGUUGAGGACUGCAAGCGAAUUGUUGGCCAAACCAUGGAUCACUUUGGGAGAUUGGAUCAUCUAGUGAAUAAUGCUGGGAUCAAUGCCGUCUGCAUGUUUGAAGAUGCAACCGAUAUUACAGUCUUUAGAGCUGUUAUGGAUAUAAACUUCUGGGGCUCAGUAUAUACAACCCGUUUUGCAGUUCCACACCUCAGAAAUAGUAGAGGCAAGAUAAUAGCCCUUGCUUCCUCUGCUUCAUGGCUGCCUGCACCUAGAAUGAGCUUCUACAAUGCAAGCAAAGCAGCAAUGGUGACCUUCUUCGAGACCUUGAGGAUUGAGGUUGGGCCUGAGAUCAAAAUAACAAUUGUGACACCCGGGUUCAUCGAGUCUGAAAUGACCCAGGGCAAGUUCUUAGUGAAGGAAGGGAAAAUGGAAGUUGAUCAGGACUUGAGAGAUGUUCAAGUAAGCAUGAUUCCAGUUGCGACAGUACGAGAGUGCGCGGAGGCGAUAGUGAACAGUGCCUGCCGGGGAGAGAGAUACUUGACACAUCCAGCGUGGUUCAAGGUCACCUAUUUCUGGAAGGUGUUUUGCCCUGAGGUGAUCGAAAGGUGUUACAGGUUGAUGUAUAUCAGUAGGCCAGGGACUUCAGACAGGGAAGCGCCCAGCAAGAAGAUAUUGGAUCUCACGGGAGCCAAGAACACCCUCUAUCCAUCUACACUCCACACCCCUGACAUUAAGACUGAUUAAAAACGAGGAAUUUGUGUGUUCUAGGACUAGGAGGUUCAUAGUACUGGUGAUCAGUUUCUUCAGUUUUGUGUACGUGUUCCGUUUGCUAUCAGCUUUGUGUGUUCUAUUUCCUCCUUUUUUGGUGUAUGGAAGAUAGGAGGAUGUUUUGUAAUGGGUCUGUACCUACGCAAUAAGGGUAUGUGAAGUUUUGUACAAAAAUGUCGUCGCAAGAUGUUGAGGUUGGGAGCCUCCUUUUGAUAAUCCAGUGUGAUUUCUCGAUUUC